AUGGCAGCGGGGUUGGCAGCGGGAGGGAGAAUGGCGCAGCUGUGGAUCGUCGGACUCUUGAUGAUGCUGCAGGCCCUGUGGUCGCCAAUGGGCGUCGCGGCGCUGCCGGCUCACGCUACGUUCUACGGCGGGAGCGACGCCUCGGGCACCAACAAUGGAGCCUGCGGCUACUCGAACGUGCUGUCCACGCCCUUCGGUACGAUGACCGCGGCCCUCAGCUCCCCGCUCUUCAACGAGGGCCUGUCCUGCGGGUCGUGCUACAAGGUCCGCUGCUCCGGGUCCUCGACCGGCGGGUGCAUCGACAACGAGAUCAUGGUGACCGCGACGAACCUCUGCCCGCACGGCAGCGAGGGCGGGUGGUGCGACGGCAAGCCCCACUUCGACAUGUCGCAGCCCGCGUUCUCGCAGAUCGCCAAGCCGGUCGCGGGCGUGGUGGAGGUGGAGUACACGAAGGUCCCUUGCCCAAGAAAGGGAGGCAUGCAGUUCACUGUGAUGGGGCACACGUACUUCCUCCAGGUUCUCAUCUUCAACGUCGGGGGAAGCGGCGACGUGACCGCGGUUAAGGUCAGGGGCGGCAACGGGGAGUGGAUUGCUAUGACCAGGAGCUGGGGUCAGCUGUGGCAGACGGGCAAGGUGCUGGACGGGCAAGCCCUGUCCUUUCAGGUGACCACCAGCAACGGCAAGACCUGCGUGAGCAACUACGUGGCGGGAUCUCAUUGGAAGUACGGCCAGACCUUCGAGGGGUCGCAGUACUGA